AUGCUCGAGUGGAUCAGGAGGCGUUGGGCGGAGGACGAGCAGAUGGACUCGGACAGCGCCAAGUUCUUCGCCAACUUUGUGGAUGACACCGAACGAUACCCAGAAGGGGCCUUUCGCACCAUUCUGAAAGUAUCUUACAAGCUUUCACGCGAGGAUGGGGACGCGUGGGCCAAUGUGGCGUAUAAGUAUGUCAUCGCUCAAAAUCCAUGGGUGGUGAGCCGAUCGGAACUGGCUAGGAUGUCAGCUCAGUACUUUCAAGGCCUUGACGGCUUCCGGUUCACACAAGUCGAUGAUGGGGCCAUCUGGUCCAAGGAAAUUUCCGAGUGGUCUUCAGUAGAUGUGGACAGUAGCAUAUGUAACCUAUGA